AUGAGCUUCAUUCAGAUGGAGUUGGGGGGACGGCUGGGGGUGCGAGACGAGCUGGAGACCAGAUCCAGCCUUUUUCUUUCACACCACAGUGAGCAGCUUCAGCACUCACACAUGCAUUAUCGCAGAGUGAAGAUGGAUGAGGACGGCUUCGAGGUACCGCGGAGGACGGAGUACCGCUACCUGGUGCAGGACGAGGAGGAGGAGGAGGUGCAGUACGCCCGGCGCCGACACUACAUCAGCCCCUUCCUGGUGCUGUCCAAACGCUGCAUCUUCCUCAUCUGCCUGGGCGUGCUCGCUCUGCUGGCUCUCGCCGUCUACCUGGGCUACAUGGCCCAAACUCUGCCGCCGGGACUGGCCCAGGUUCUGACCCAGUGUGGGGAGUUCCGUGGAAGACACAAAAACGGGGCCUACUCCUUCAAGGGAAUCCCAUACGCCGCUCCACCCGUGGGCGCCCUGCGCUGGGCCCCUCCAGCCGAGCCGGCGUGUCGCAGUGGGGUGGCAGAAGCCGGCCGCUUCCGCAGCGUUUGCCCUCAGGUGAUGCCCAUGUCCGGUGAGGGGAAGGUGACGGGCCAGGAGGACUGCCUCUUCAUCAACGUGUGGACCCCCACGCUGCGGCCCGACGCCCUGCUGCCCGUCAUGGUCUGGAUCCACGGAGGGUACCUGCAGGCGCUGAGCGGGGGGGAGCAGGGAUACUCGCCCACGGAGGAGCUGGCUGCCGCCACGGGAGUCGUCUACGUCAGCUUCAACUACAGGCUGAACGCCUUCGGCUUCAUGGCUCUGGAGCUGCUGAGAGAAGGUUCUCCAAGGAACACCUCAGGGAAUUACGGCUUUCUGGAUCAGAUUGCUGCUCUGAAGUGGGUCCAGAGGAACAUCCGUGCCUUUGGAGGGGACCCUGCAAAAGUCACCAUAUUUGGACAGAGCUCUGGUGGGACGUCCGUCUGGACCCUGAUGAUGUCCCCGCUGGCCAAAGGACUCUUCCGCGGCGCCGUGGACUUGAGCGGCUCGUACGUCUACAACGCCAGCCUGGAACAGGCGGAGGCCGACAACCUGGUGUUCCUGAAGAAGACGGGCUGUGCGGACGCGGCCUGCCUCCGUGCCCUCAGCAUCAAACAGGUCCUGCAGGCCGUCCCCUGGCAGGAGUACCCGUCCUGGGCUGCACAGGAGGCCACAGAUCUCCCCACCAGGGGGCAGCUGUUUGGCCCCGUGGCAGUGGUGGACGGAUACGUGCUGGAAGCUCCGCCCUUUGAGCUGUGGGAUAGGAGGAGUGGCUACAAUGACGUCCCGUUUGUGGUGGGGACGACAGAGCAGGAGGCGGACUUCAGCCCCCCAGCAGAAAACAUCUCCAUGUGGACCUGGGGGGAUUACCGCUGGUUCGUGACAGAGAAACUUCAGUCCUUUGGUCCGGAUCUUCCCAAAAAGGCUCUGGAACUGUACCCGUCCUCGGCCCCCUGCCCCACCCAGGACCGCUGCCCCGAGAGGGCGUACACCACCAUGGUGUCUGACAUCAGGGUCACCUGUCCCAACAACGACCUGGCCUGGAGAGCAGUAGCUGCCCUCAGCAGUCCUGUGUACCGAUAUGUGGUGACCUACACGCCGUCCGGACCCAUGAACGGGUCCAGGAGCCUGGUGCCGUUCCCCAGUCGCUUCGCCUUCCACUGCCUGGACGUGGUGGCGUUCUUUGGGGGCCUGGAGGACCUCCAGGGGAAGCCUCUGUCUGAUAGGGACAGGAGCUUCCAGGAUCUGCUCAGGCGUCACCUUGUCAGCUUCAUCAAAACGGGUCGGAUGGCGUCGGACUGGUCGGUUUACCCAGAAUCCACCGCCCUGCUGUCUGACAGCCUGGAGCUGGUCCAGAACUACUCGCAGGCCCGCUGUGACCUGUGGAGGAGCAGCGGCCUGUUCGACUACGCCUGGAUGAACUGAACCCGCCCAGCACUGCCCGUCUGCGCGGGUUCAGGCCAAGAGGAACCAAAUCAGAAGACCGUCCAGGUUAAAGGCGAGAGCUUCUGUCUGAGCUGACAGGAAGUUCAGCCUUUCCACUGCCUUUAUCUCUGAUCAUUGACUGUAUAAUAGAACUGGACUGUGUGAGUUUGAUGUCGCUCAUAGUAAACUGUUUACUUCCGGUUCCAACCAAAUGAGUCCGUCGCCAUUUUGCUGCAAUCCGGACGCCGCCGUGUUUGAACCAGAUGUCCUCAGUGAGACUCGACUGGCCUGUGUUGGUCUUAGACCUACAUUUCUAUGGAAACCACUCUCCCCAAUCAGUAGAAAGCAUGUUAGAAGGCCACACCCCUUCCGCUGAGAGCGGGUAUGGGAGAAUCUUUCAAUCAAACGCAUCAAAGAUUCGAUGUGAGACCAGCUACCUUUAUCUGAUUGGUUAGUUUGUGACUUAAAUAACUUGAACGACAACAUUUCUCUUGUUCGGGUCAAAUUCCCAGUAAUAGACUAGCGUAGUUUCCAACACGCAUUAGGAGUGGCGCUCUGUCUCUCUGUGCCUUAAAACCAGGAGUAAUGCGAUGUGAGCGUCGGGCACGGCGCCUCAGUCCCACAGCAGCAUGUUCCUGCAUCCAUCAUUCAUUCAUGCUGAUGAUGAUUAUUCUCCACCAUGAUCUUCCUCAGCGUUUCAGGAUAUCCUCCGGCCGCUUCUGAGUCAGCUGAUGCCCUUCCUCCAUGCAGGGUCAUCCCGAUUCAGGAACCGCUGGAACCAGCUGUCGCUCGCGUUAAAAAAUUCCUAAGCAUGCGGCGCGGCGGGGAAGCCGACGGACCGGCGUGCUCUUCAACUCCGCUCCCCCUCCCUCGGGCGCAAAAGUCUCAAACAAGCAUCUUGAGUUGUCUGAGCUUUUGUGAUGAACCAGAGGAGUCACAUGACUGAAAACAAAUCUGCGAAUACACGAAACCGCGAACAUUGAAAUGCGAGUCAGCGGAAGAACACUGAAAAGAAAACAUAUCAUGAAAACAUUCUGAUGAUCAAGAAGAUGCUCAUAAAAGGCAUCUGAUCCAGAAAGGUUAUUCUGACCUGGAGAAUGACUGUUUCUUUCCCCAGGGAAGUCUUCAGGAUUAAUGCCACUUCCUGUUUGGAACACCAAGGGGGCGGGGUCAGUCAGUCUAGUUCUCCUAUACAGUCAUGAGUCUGACCUCUGAAGAGUCUUCUGGGCAAAAAGCCACUUUGGCUCCUUUUGUAUUUUCAUGAGGAUUUGAAACAAACUGAAGACAAAAAGAAGAAGUUCAGGUGUCGGGACCAAAUGAAUGACCGUCUCUUGGUAUUAUUAUGGGAUGUCCCCUGCACUGGUUUCUUGUGCCAAACGUGGGUGCUGCACGUCUGCACAGUUGCUGUUCCACCAGCGUCCCUGCAGCUGAACUCGCCAUCAGAGAUGUGCCCCACGUCUUUAAACCACUCAGAGAAGCUUUGCUCGUUUCUCUUUUUGUUUAAAAGUUUCACGUUGAAAUAAACAGUUUUGUAAACGUAA